CAGUUUAGUUUUUAUUUUAUUUAACUGAGAAAUUAGAAAUGAUUUCAGGCUCGAAAAUGAUUUCUUUUGAAACUGCAGUUCUCAACAACAGUAGGGUCAGGAACAUUAACCCAUUUGAAGGCCUCAAUUGUUGCUUGCUUAAUCUAUUUCAUAGGAGCAGCCUUUGCAAGCAAAAGACUAUCAAUACCCUAUUUUCUGACUUUCUGAAACAGAGUCAGCCCUCUGAAGGCUUCUUAAUGUGGGGUUUGGUAGUUGUUCUAGUCACUUUAACAUUAUGGCUAGUGCUUGCUACAUACUUGGACUUACCGGUAUCAUCUCAGCAAUCAACACAGGGUGCCCUGCUAGGAACCAUGCUUUUAGCUGAAGGUUUCAACUACUCUUGUCGAACAAGCUAUAUGCAGCUAACGAAAAAUGAAAAUCACAAUUUUAAUCGUGGAGGAUUGCUCUGGAUAUUUCUUGAAUGGACUGUGGCUCCAUUGGUUGCCUUUGUCAUCGCGUAUUUGUUCUUUGUGGUCUUGAAGACUUCCCUUCUUCGCCAUGAAAAUGCAGAGAAAGGGGUUCUUGUUUUCCUCCCUAUUGACUAUGGAAUAUCUUCAGGGUUACUCUGCCUCUUCAUCAUGUCUGAGGUCCUAGGGAACUUUAUAAAUGUGAAUGUACUGGCUGCUACAGUGGCUGUUGUGGCGGCUACCUUGAUUGGAGCAAUAUUGUCCUUGUUUGUGGUGGUUCCUUUGGCUAUGAAGAAACUUGAUGCUGCCAAAACUUAUAAGAGUACUACCAAUGAAAACACAUUAAACAACGAAUGUCUAGAGAAAAAUCAAGAACCUCAAGAGCAGUAUGGGGACUUAAAAAUGGACGAGGAGGAUGUUGAAGAAAUUUUGAGGGAUUUCAUGCAGAUGAGAGUUCAAUCUGUUCCAGAGUCUGCUACCACCAAAGACCAAUCUACACCAUUUAACCAGGUGUUGGGGUCUAGUCCAAACAUGUUGGUCCAGAGAAGAAACUGUCAGAGGAUGGAAAAACCAAGACCAUUUGAAAAUGUAGUUAAAUUCAUCAGGGAUAUCACAAAAUCCACAAUUCACCCUGUCAUUGAGUAUGACAGACACACCCUAAUCAGGCAUGUCUUAGCUGAAAAAUAUGAUGAAAUGGAAGACUGCUUCAGCUAUCCACAAAUUCUAGCAUCAUGCACCUUUGCCUGCCUUGGUGGGAAGCUGACAUACAUCAGCAACUCUAGAGGACUGAUGGCACGGUUGGCAACCGUGGCAGCAAUGAUCAUGGUCAGUAGGAUCAAACUUCCUGUUUCGAGUAUUCAUGCUUUCAUUGGAUUGUUAGUAGGAGUUGGGAUGGCAGAUGAUGUUAGGAAUGUGAACUGGAAACUGGUGGGAAAGUACUUAUGUGGGUGGGUGAUGACAAUAGUGUUUUGUUGUGGAGUUGCUCAUGUGAUGUUCUCAGCAUCCAUACACACUCCAGCCUAUGUGAUGCCCUGAGCUUCCAUGCUAGCAGGAGAGAUACCUUCACUGAUUGUGUCCUUUUCUGAAAAAAAAGAAAAAAAAAAGGAUUUUUCCAUUCAAAUUAGAAGGUUUUCAUUCCAAAUCAUAAUCAUCAAAAUCAAAUAUCAGAUUCAGA